GACGUAUUCAAAACACAACUGUCCGUGCGUGCUGCGUCAUUCGUAAACACAGCUGAAGAUGGUGUACGUGUCCAACGGUCAGGUGUUGGACAGCAGGACCCAGUCGCCAUGGAGACUGUCUCUGCUGUCAGACCUGUUCUGGGGAGCAGUGGAUUUCAUCACCCUUUUUUUUAAGACGAUCAUCAACCCAGACAUGUCCAAACACGGGAGCAGCGCCACGUCCAGAUUCAGUGAUGGCAGAGGCCCCCCGGGGCCCCCUGGUGGCAGGAGAAGGAUGGGCAGAAUAACCCACGGAGGAGGUCCCAAUGCUCCACCGAUGGGAGGAGGAGGAUGAGGAAGGUAAACGCCUGCACCGCGAGUGUAGGCGCUGGGUCCAGUCUCAGUCCAGAGACGACCCCCUCUCUCCAGCUGCCUGUGUCCUGCAGUUUAUGAAGCCGACCCGGGAACUCCUGCAGCCAGGGUCUGAGUCGGUCGAUCAGCAGCUACACCCCUCCUCCUCCUUCUCCUCCAGCCUCCUCCACAUCUUGUUUCUCUUUGCUCGCUUCCUUCUCCUUGAUUCCUCUAAUCAAUCAAAUCUGUCAUAUUAAGAAAACCACAGACUGAAGCAGUAAAUCUGAGGGAGGCUUCAUGAGGCAAACAUCAGAUAAAAUAAUCACACUUUAUUGGUCUAAAGUGAGGAGUUUAUAUCCUCUCUCCUCCUUCCUCCUCCUCACCCAUUUCCUCCAGAUUCAAGGAGAAAGAAGCGAGGAAAGAGAAAUGAGAUGCAACUAUUCUCCUCCUUUUCCUUUCUUACUGAUAUAGUUUGUAAAAAUGUGUAAACAAAAACAUUCUUAACGGUGCGUUGUGUAACUUUUGUGGUGAAGGUCUCAGUCGAAUGCUUCCCUUCAUGGAGAUGUUACUGCUUUGUCUGGAAUAUUUCACAGUAUGGCAUUAAACCAGAACAAGCCAGAGCAAGUUACAGGUCAGAUCUGUGGAGAGGCGACCUGCUCACAGUCAGAAUUCCUGUUUUUCAAGGCAUUUUUGAGCUGUAAAACCAGCUGUAAUUGAAUAAAUGUAAAGUAGAAAUGUUUAAUGUCAUACUGUGGAAGAUUCCAGGCAGAACAAUUACAUGCAGGUGAGGAAUCCUCCACCAGAAAAGUUACACAAUGCACCUUUAAGACCGGAAUGGAGGCAGCCAGAGAUUAUUACAAAAUAUGAAACAGCAAGGAGAGUUUGGCCAAUGAAAUGUACAUGAGUGAUUUAAUACAUUUGUGGUAAAGUAUGUAUGUUUUGUGAAGCUCAAAUAAGAGGUUUGAAAAUAUUUAUUCCACUUUUAGAAGCAAACUAAUUGAUAUUUCUACUCUGAAAAUUCUAAACUGUACACUUCAUCCCUGAAAAUUUAGAGCUGAUGUCAGUCUUUGUACUCAGCUUCGUUCAGCCUCUAAUCGCCUCCAAUCCGGACUUUUCUGAUGAGAGCAUUUUAAAGAGUCUAUAGAGAACUUGAUUUUACGACGGUUGUAGUUAUUAUUUUAUCUCGCUUCAAUAAAAGUUUGCGUUGUUAAAA